AUGGACGAACAAGGCCAGUCACAUGGUCUCUUUGCGAUACCGGAGACGGAUGACCCAAUCAAACACCGCGAAUGGGCAACGAGACUGUGGAUUCGUAUGGACCGGGAUCGCAGCGGAACGAUCACAAGAGAGGAGCUCAUGUGUGAUGAGUUUCAAGAGAUCCUGAAGGCAGUCAUAGCUCCGAAGAGGGGAGAGUCGAAUGCUGCAUACGGCCGUUCUGAGAUCAACGUUCCGCAGGCAGUGGAUUUCUGCAUGCGAAAGGCUGCUCAGAAUGCCACUGGUGAACUGUCCUUUGACGAGUUCAGCUCCUUCUUGCGCGUGCUGCGCAAAGCUGGGGCCAGCAGCCGUAAAGCCGAUCUCAUCUUUGCGCUCUUUGACCUUGACCAGAGCGGGUUUCUGGACAAGGAUGAGUUCCUGGAGGUUUAUCGCUACUUCUUGGGGCACCGGCCAACGUCCGAGAAGUUCGAGGAGGAAUGGGCGAAUCUUGAUGUGAAGGUGCAGGGACAUGUAAGCCAGAAGCAGUACAACCGUUGGCUACGUGCGAGUACGAACCUGGUCUUCAAACCCUAUGCACCGCCAGCGGAUGACGAUGUGUACGACAGGGCGCCAAAGUUCUCCAAGAAGGAUGCUGAUGGACUUCUUCGGCUCACACAGCAGAAGAGGAGCCAAUGGCGGCCUCUUUGGAACGAUCGCUGGAACUGCCAAGACAGCUGUUUGCUGAACAAGGCACUCAUGCCGCGCCAAAAGCACAUGUUUUCGCGAGUUCAAUCAGAAACAGAGCUUCGAAGAUUUUAUUCUCGGCACCCUCGGUGGGACUCUCACUAUGAGAAGCUGGAUAUGCCCGAACCAGCCAGGCCACAGACGAAGCUCACCGCUGACAUCCCGCCCUUACUGCCUGAGCGACAUGUGCGGAAUGGCAGGAUGCGAAAUCCGCAGACAGGGCGGCAGGAAGUAUGGAACGAUUUCUGGCAAACACCAAAAAGUGCUCACUUGACGCAGAAGCACACACCCGGGUCCAUACACCUGCGCUGUAUCGGCGCUCCGCCGGAUCACCUCGUCAAGGGGCGGGAUGAUGAUGAGGAUCCGUUGAUGUGA